CAAAGUGAAGGCGCGCUCGGCCUUUCGGCGCGCGCUCGGCCUUUCGGCGCGCACUCGCCUGCUCCGGGCCUCAGCGGCGGCGGCACUGGAGCAGCCGUACGCUGCGGCCGGGGCUGGCCUGGCGGCAUGGAGGGGCCCCCGGCGUCCGCGGCCGGGGACGUCUCCCUGCACAACUUCAGCGCCAGGCUGUGGGAGCAGCUCGUCCACUUCCACGUCAUGCGGCUGACGGACUCGCUCUUCCUGUGGGUGGGCGCCACGCCGCACCUGCGCAACCUCGCCGUGGCCAUGUGCAGCCGCUACGACUCCAUCCCCGUGUCCACCUCCCUCCUUGGAGACACUUCUGACACGACUUCUACUGGCCUUGCCCAGCGCCUAGCCAGGAAGACCAACAAACAGGUGUUUGUCAGCUAUAACCUUCAAAACACAGACAGUAACUUCGCAUUACUUGUAGAAAACAGGAUCAAAGAAGAAAUGGAGACUUUUCCGGAAAAGUUCUAGCUGAGUGGCAAAAGGUUGCUCUUGAGUUUUCCUUCUCACCAGCCCGUGGGCCAGAAGGCCCUUGUUGUUCACCUGGGACCGGAGGAAGCCACGUGGGCAGUGCACAUGCCCUCAUUUGACUGUCAGUGAUAGAGAAAAGUGAUGGAAAUGGGAUUUUGUUGGGAUUGAAGGCUAUAAUCUAGUAAUCCAAGAGUUCAAAUCAGUCAUGACUCUGUUAUAUACAUUCCCAGUUAGAAUUAAGGCAAUAAGUCUUCGUAAGUAUGCUUUUGGUUUGGGUAUGUGUUCCUGAGGCUUCUGUCUGCCUUGUGAAUUGAUGCAUUUAUUUCCUUCCCAUUUCAGCUAAACUCUUCCUGCUGUGUUCUCCCUUGGGGAAACUUGCGGGCCCACCCUAUGCUGCUCACUACAUUGUGCUCUUGGUGAAGUCUCAAACCUCUCUGGGCCCUGUGUCCUCAUCUAUGAGAUGGGAAUAAUCCCCAUCUUGAUGGGUUCUUGUUAGGAUUAAGUGUAUAGAAAUGCUUUGCAAACUCUAAGUGCCAUGGCAGUUAGAUGUCAAUUAUAGCUUUAUCUCCUUGGUUUUUAUGGAUUCAAAGGCUUCACGUCCUUCUUGCUCUUUCUGUUAUCAUUUCAUUAUAUUCCCUUCACCUUUCUCUUUUCUCCCAAGUCCCAAGUAUCUCAGGUACCUGUUUGGGUCAUUUGUAAUCCUUAGCCUUUUUCCUUCUACCACGUGAAGUGGAUUCUAAUCUUGGCCCUUCCCCAGAGGUUCAUAGGGUCUGGCUUUGAUAGGGUUGAAAAGCUCUCCCAGUGCUUCUCUGCGUAGGCAAGAUUGAGGACCACUGGCAAAGAACUUUCUAGGCUUUGGGGUCCAUCCAACCCUUUAGUUGCUGGAGACAGAUAGUUUAGGGCCCUGAAACAUGUUU